AUGAAUGCGGCUAGCUACAUAUUUGCAUACGGGAAGAAAAUAGAUCCGAUUAUUCAGUCCCUCUGCACUACAGAGAAAGGAAACAAUACUGAGUGCUAUGGCCAGAAAUUAAGUCUAGUCUCAAAAUGUGUUAAAGUCUUAAACUGUGCAAUUAAAGAAUCAGGUUUGCUUUUUGUGGAUGUUGGUAUUGGAUCACUCAAAAAUCACUACUUAUUCAGACAUAAAAGCCAUCCAAGAAGGUCUCAAAGAAGUGCUGUUCGUAUCUCUAAGAGGCUUUCUGAUGAUGAGCGGGUGUCAUGGGCAGAGCAGCAAUAUGAAAAAAAGCGAACUAAGCGUGCAGCCCUGAGAGACUCUGCAGAAAAUCUUUUCAAUGAUCCUAUGUGGAAUCAGCAGUGGUACCUGCAAGAUACAAGGAUUACUCCCUCUCUGCCUAAGCUAGAUCUCCAUGUUAUACCUGUAUGGCAAAAAGGGAUUACAGGCAAAGGUGUUGUUAUAACUGUCCUGGAUGAUGGCUUGGAGUGGAAUCACACUGACAUCUAUGCUAACUAUGAUCCACAGGCAAGUUACGAUUUCAAUGACAAUGAUCAUGAUCCCUUUCCUAGAUAUGAUCCAACAAAUGAAAACAAGCAUGGGACACGAUGUGCAGGAGAAAUUGCCAUGCAAGCCAAUAACAAGAAGUGUGGAGUUGGAGUAGCAUAUAAUUCCAAAGUGGGAGGUAUACGAAUGCUGGAUGGAAUAGUCACUGAUGCCAUUGAAGCCAGUUCAAUCGGUUUUAAUCCAGAACAUGUGGAUAUUUACAGUGCAAGCUGGGGUCCAAAUGAUGAUGGUAAAACUGUAGAGGGUCCUGGCAGACUAGCACAGAAGGCUUUUGAAUAUGGGAUCAACCAGGGCCGAAAUGGAAAAGGUUCCAUUUUUGUAUGGGCUUCUGGGAAUGGUGGUCGUCAGGGUGAUAACUGUGACUGUGAUGGCUACACAGAUAGUAUCUACACUAUCUCCAUUAGCAGUGCUUCCCAACAAGGCCUUUCUCCUUGGUAUGCAGAGAAGUGCUCCUCAACUCUCGCCACAGCAUACAGCAGUGGGGAUUAUACUGACCAGAGAAUUACAAGUGCUGAUCUUCAUGAUGAAUGUACAGAGACUCACACUGGAACCUCUGCAUCUGCUCCAUUGGCAGCGGGGAUUUUUGCUCUAGCCCUUGAAGCAAACCCUAAUCUAACAUGGAGGGAUAUGCAACAUUUGGUAGUCUGGACAUCAGAAUAUGACCCACUGGCUGGUAAUCCAGGAUGGAAGAAAAAUGGAGCAGGGUUGAUGGUGAAUAGCCGAUUUGGAUUUGGAUUACUUAAUGCCAAGGCACUGGUGGAUUUAGCUGAUCCUAAAGUGUGGAAAAGUGUGCCUGAAAAGAAAGAGGGUAUAGUCAAGGACAACAGUUUUGAACCAAGGUUAUUAAGAGCAAAUGGUGAAGUAACCAUCGAAAUUCCCACAAAAGCUUGUGAAGGGCAAGAGAAUUCUGUUGCAUCUUUGGAACAUGUGCAGUUUGAGGCAACGAUUGAAUAUUCCCGCAGAGGUGAUCUGCACGUCACUCUCACUUCCCCAUCAGGCACCAGCACUGUUCUACUGGCUGAAAGGGAGAGAGAUAAGUCUCCCAAUGGCUUUAAAAAUUGGGACUUCAUGUCUGUUCACACAUGGGGAGAGAACCCAGCAGGUACUUGGGUUUUAAGAAUUACUGAUGUGUCCAGGAGAAUCCAAAAUGAAGGGAGGAUUGUGAACUGGAAACUGAUUUUGCAUGGCACUUCUGUCCAACCUGAACAUAUGAAACAGCCUCGUGUAUACACAAACUACAAUGCUGUGCAAAAUGACAGAAGGGGAGUGGAGAAGAUGACAGACUUUGUAGAGGACCACACCACGCAGGAGAACCUAAAGGAAAAAUCCAAAGUCACAGGAGGUACCAGCGGUAGCACUGAUAAAAUGGGAGACAAAAUCCCAUCGGAGGCGAUGCUUCACCUAUUGCAAAGUGCUUUCAGCAGGCAGAUGUCCCAGAAUCGAGCACCAAAGAAGACUCCAAGUGAAAAGUUAAAUAUUCCAUAUGAACAUUUCUAUCAAGCCCUUGAAAAAUUAAACAAGCCCUCCCAGUUAAGAGACUCAGAGGAAAGUCUAUACAGUGACUACGUUGACCUUUUUUACAACACCAAAUCAUACAAGCAUAGAGAUGAUAGACUGCUGCAGGCCUUGGUUGAUAUUUUGAAUGAAGAAAACUAAAAUGUAUGAUACAGCACUGGAGUUGGAAAUAUUCAUGCCCCUCCUCCCCCACCUACUCUUCCCUUGCCAGCCCUGUAUUUUACACUCUAGUUGUACAAUUACUAUUUUGAACACUUCAUCCUUAACAAGGAUGUCAAGAAGGGAAAAGCAGCAGAAAGUGUGAGGUACUAAGCUUAUGGGUGUUUGUGAUCGCUGUAUUCAAGGUCUUUCUUCAUUACUAUCAAAGUAGAUGGUUUCUUUCCUGUGGCAUGAAAUACAACUGUAGGCCUCGGAAAAUGCAGCCCUCAAAUUCAAACCCUUUUUCUUUUACUUAUUUUUCCACACUUUAUUCUCUGAGCAAGCAUUGAGCUUGAAAAUCAGGGUUGUCAAGCCGUUCUCAACUGAACUGCCAAAGCUAUGGGGAGAUACUGCCUUCUCCAGGCCUGUAAUAAAUAUAUCAAUCCUUAUCACACAUGGCAUCCACUUAAGAUUUAACACUAGCUACAAAUACUAUCACAAAUACAGAUUCCCUGGCCAUUUUCCAGAUGACAAC